GACAUUAGUGGGAGGCUCGAGCAAACGCCAUACUCUCUCCACGACGCUGCUGUACAGUCUCUCUUUCUCCUUAACUGUAAAAGAUGGCAGAAGAAGAAGCUGGUGUUUUCGUCAACCAAGAGCAGUUCAGCUGUCCCAUCUGUAUGGACCUUCUGCGGGACCCUGUGACCAUUCCUUGUGGACACAACUACUGUAUGGAGUGCAUUAAGAGCUUCUGGGAGCAAAAGAACCAGAAGAAGACGUGCAGCUGUCCAGAGUGCAGACAGACCUUCUCGCCGAGACCUGCGCUCAACAAAAACACCCUGUUUGCUGAAGUCGUUGAGAAACUGAGACAGACUGGAAUGCGUUCGCCCACCAUCCCUGGAGUUAAGAGCCAUGAAGUCAUUGCGAAAAAAAAGCAGGACCUCGUCAUGUUCUGUCAGCAAGAGCUUAAAGAGUCACAGAAGGGAUGCCAGCAGGUGAUAAAGGAGCGCGAGUCGGAGCUACAGGAUCUGAGUCAGGCCAUAAUCUCUCUCAGGAGCUCUGCUCAGGCAGCAGUGGAAGAGACAGAGAAGAUCUUCAGCGAGCUGAUUCAGUCCAUUGAGACACUGUGUUUUGAGGUGACAGAGAUGAUCAAAGCAAAGGAGCAGCUGGAACUAGACGAGGCACAUGGAUUCAUGGAGAAACUAGAGCAGGAGAUCGCAGAGUUCAAGAGGAGAGACGCUGAAUACGACACGCUUGCACAUCUUGAUGAUGAAACUCAGUUCCUGAAGAGUUAUGAAACACUGUGUAGUCAGCCGGAGUUGGUGACCUCUCCUGCGGUUCUAGUCAAUCCGGACUUCUCUUUUGAGAUGGUGUCGAGAAAACUCACGUAUCUGAGUGAGGACAUUAAAGGCCUGUGCCAGAAAAAAUUGGAGAAAUUAUCAAAAAAAGUGACAAACCUGAAGUUUAUUCCUACCCCUGAACCUAAAAUCAGAGAGCAGUUUCUGGAAUAUUCGGGUCCCCUGACUCUGGACCUGAACACGGCUCACAGAAACCUCAGUGUUUCCUCAGAGACCGGCGAGGUGACGUGCAGCAAAACCUCUCUGUCCGUUCCUGACCACCCAGAGAGGUUUGACGGCCAUUACCAGGUCCUGUGCAGGGAGAGCGUGUCCGGCCGAUGUUACUUCGAGGCAGAGUGGAGCGGGAAGGGUCCCGUGCACAUCGCAGUGUCCUAUGAGGACAUCAACAGGAAAGGAAAGAGCACCCUGUGUGCAUUUGGACACAACGCCCAGUCCUGGAGUCUCGUGUGCUCUGAGGAUACGUAUGCAUUCUGGCACAAUGGACGGGAAACCAAGAUUCCCAAAAUGCAAUGGGCUCGCAGGGCUGGCGUUUAUGUCGAUUUCUCUGCAGGAAUCUUGGCGUUUUACAGCAUCACAGACUCAAUGAAUCUCAUCCAGGUAAUUCGGACUUCAUUCACUCAACCGCUCUAUCCUGGCUUCAGGAUUAACGUCGGGUCUAGUUUGAGACUCUGUUAUCCACUUUAGUGGCAUGAAAUGGCGUUUAUUCAGUUCCCGAGUAUUUAUGAGAAACAUAUGAAUUAUGAGAGGAUGGGUAAUACUUCACAAUAUGGUUCCAUUGGUUAACCAUAUUAGUUUGCAUCAAUAACAAUGAAAAUGCUUCUAAAGCUUAUAGAAGUCUUAGUUAAUGUUAAUUUCAUCAAUUACUAAUAUAGGCUAAUAUUAAAAUCAAAAGCUGUAUCUGUAAAAAUGAUUUCAUGGCCUAUGCUAACAUGAAUUAACAAUUAACAGCUGCAUUUUUACAUUUGUGAUUGUAUAUAUUUGUAUUUUAACGUAAUAAAUAUGUAAAAAAAUGCUAAUUUUUCAUUAACGUUGUUAACUAAUGGGAUCUUAUUGUAAAGUUUCACGUAAAGGACCAACACACUCUCAUUGCAAUUCAUAACUAUUAUGAGUUUUGGCUAAUUGGUGACUAAUUCAUAUGCUCUCAUAUGUAUUUAUAUAUAUAUAUAUAUAUUUUUUACGCAUUUCUGUACAAAUCACAUCAUACAAAUUCAUACUAUAAUCGCCACCAUGUACAGCAGUUACAUUUCCCUGUAAAGGUUAGAUUUGGCUGCUGUGCUGAUUGUAGAAAUGUUUUCUGGAACCUUGCAUAGAAAAAAUACAAUGAUCAAUCAUUUUCUGGAACCAGAGCUAUCGGUUUUAUAAAAUAAGUCCACAUAUAUUUACAAAAUGUUCUUAUUUUAGUGCUUUUGUAGUUGUUUAUAAAUAUAUAUUUGAAUUAUAUGCCAGUAAAAUAUUUAACUCCAAUUCCAGAGUCUCCUUGACAUUUAAUAUGCACAGUAUAAACCUGUUAAUGAACCAAAAAACUGAAGAAUCUUAGACCAACAUUAAAAAUUUAUUUGGAAAUAAAAAACAUUCAACCCAUUUCUAUACAUUACACAGAACUGCACAGCUUUACAUUCAUCACAAAUUCAGACAUUAGUCUUCAUUCUUGAAGGUAAUGUGUAAUUUCUGCACAAAUGGAACUGCAAAAAUAACUCUUUCCAAACAGGUUUCCCAAACACCCUUAAUCUGUUAUUGGUCAAACAGACAAACAGUCAUUCACACAAUAGUUGAACCGAUGUUUUCACAUUCACUUUCACUGUGCCGUUUAAUAUAAAAAAUGACAUACUUGAGCUUUACUUAAAGAGAUGCAGUAUAAAUUGCAAUUACCUUUUAUUCAGACAGAAAACCUGAUAAUGCAAACUUUUCUUCAUCUACUACUUCAUUUGCAUGCGCAGACAGGAAUGACAUUUCAGCUAAAAGAAUCACGGAACUUCAAUAACAGCACAGUACUAAUAAGCAAAAACUAUGCAUUUCAUUCUAUUGACCACGUUUCACUAGAUGAUGUUUUAAGUUAAGUAUAGUAAAUAAAACCAUUAAAAGGGAGUCCAUGGCUGCCGGUUCAUUUGCAUUGAUAAAAUAUAGUCAAUCCUCAAUUACAGGGAGAAACCCAUAGCCUCACCAGCAUCUUACUGGACACAGUCAUAACAGUAUUAAAAUUGAAAUAUAUCUCUAUGCAAGGCACAGUACUGUAACUGAUAUGAAGAUACAAAAAUAUGAUGGACAGACAGCAGAUUGUUUAGGGCGAAU